CCCAGACCUGACAUCAUGGUGCAUUUUACUGCUGAGGAGAAGGCUGCCAUCACUAACACGUGGGGCAAAGUGAAUGUGGAAGAAGCUGGAGGCGAGGCUCUCGGCAGGCUCUUGGUUGUCUACCCCUGGACCCAGAGGUUUUUUGACAACUUUGGCAACCUGUCCUCUUCCUCUGCCAUAAUGGGCAAUCCCAAAGUCAAGGCCCAUGGCAAGAAGGUGCUGACCUCUUUUGGAGAUGCUGUUAAGAACAUGGACAACCUCAAGGCUGCCUUUGCUAAGCUGAGUGAGCUGCACUGUGACAAGCUGCAUGUGGAUCCUGAGAACUUCAGGCUCCUGGGCAAUGUGCUGGUGAUUAUCCUGGCUUCUCAUUUUGGCAAGGAAUUCACCCCUGAUGUGCAGGCUGCUUGGCAGAAGCUGGUGUCUGGUGUCGCCAAUGCUCUGGCCCACAAGUACCACUGA